UUGUUUCUCUCCAUCUCUCGAUCAUCUCCAUCUCUCGUUCUCUCAAUCGAUUCUCUCCAUCUUUCGUUUCUCUCCAUCUCUCGUAUCUCUCAAUUGAUUCUCUGUCGAUUUUGAAGUCGAUCGCGGUUCGAUUUUCUGUUUUCGUCACUGCGAUGUCGACGUCGUUUCUCUCUCAUGCGCUGAGGCUCUGAUGAAGAUCAGAAGAGAGAAGGAAGUUCUUAACAGCAAUCAGCUUAAAGUGAAACCACGGAUCGAGAAAAGGAUGAAAGUCAUACAAGAGGCGAGAUAAGUACCCCUGUCCCUUUCUCCGUAGAAAAAAAACUUGUAAAAAUAAUGUCGAUGAUGUUUUUGCAUGAUGAUCUUGAGGAAGGUGAAAUAUUUGACUAGUAGAUUAUCGUGUGUCUGUUGAAAAAAAUUAAUUUUUUUGCAUAGAAACCGAGUUUGGUUUGUUGAUUUUAACAAGUGACCGUGAUGGUUAAGCUUCGUUUGAGUGUUGAAAAAAUGGAGUCUGUUAACAAGUGAUGAUGAUGAUGAUGAGUUUGGUUUGUGUGAUUUUAACAAGUGUGAUUUGUGUGAUUUUAAUAGAGUGACGGAUUUUGAUGAUGAGUUUGGUCUCGUUUGAUGAGGAUGUGCGUGGAAGAAAGGCAACAGAUUCAACUUCAUCAAAGCUUUUGUCUUUCCAUUACACAUUUGAGACGAGGGAUAUUCUCAACCUCCCUGCUCUUUCAGCCAUCGUUCCACACGCGCCUCCUUAGAUAUCUCACGCGCCGCGGUGCCAUUCGAAUCAUAUCUUUGGAGAAAGGUGAAAAAGUUAUAUGGGAGGGGUAACGUCAUCAAUCGCUGCUAAAUUCGCCUUCUUCCCACCAACACCACCGUCCUACGAGGUGGUAGCCGACGAAAGCUGCGGCGGACGUCUGUACAUACCGGAAAUCCCACGGCGCGACGACGUCGACAUCCUCAAGCUCCGCACACGCUGCGGAAACGAGAUCGUGGCUGUUUAUGUAAAACACUCCAAAGCUAAUGGCACGAUUCUGUAUUCUCAUGGUAACGCCGCCGAUGUGGGACAAAUGUUUGAGCUUUUCGUCGAGCUUAGCAAUCGCCUUCGCGUCAACCUAAUGGGGUAUGAUUACUCUGGUUAUGGUCAGUCUACAGGACAGGCGAGCGAGUCAAACACAUAUGCUGAUAUAGAAGCAUCGUAUAAAUGCCUCAAGGAAAAGUACGGCGUGAAAGACGAUCAACUUAUAUUAUAUGGUCAAUCUGUUGGUAGCGGACCUACGGUUGAUCUAGCCUCGCGCACACCUAACUUGAGAGGGGUGGUUUUACAGUGUCCUAUUCUGUCUGGGAUGAGGGUUUUGUAUCCGGUGAAAUGUACAUAUUGGUUUGACAUUUACAAGAAUAUUGACAAGAUCGGCUCAGUAGCAUGUCCUGUAUUAGUCAUCCAUGGAACUGCGGAUGAAGUAGUUGAUUAUUCUCAUGGUAGGCGGCUCUGGGAACUCAGCAAAGAGAAAUAUGAACCUUUGUGGAUUAGUGGAGGUGGACACUGCGACCUCGAACUAUAUCCAGAUUUCAUUAAACAUUUGAAGAAAUUUGUUGCAUCACUCGCCAACAAACAAGCGGCGAAGGCUGCCAUAUAACGAUAUAUUACCGUUAUGUUUGAAAUGGGUUACUUUCGAGGAAUUUCUAGACAAGUUGGCUGGCGAAGUCAGUAGAAAAGUGAUAAGCAUGAAAAAUCCCAGAGGAGCGUCGAUAGAUCAUGUAGUAUUAUAAUGUGUUGAUGUGGAAUUUAGACUGGCAUACUGCAUUUCAUGAAUAAAUGUAUUUACUGCUCAUGUGAUUUAAUAGGUUCUAGGGAUAUUUCUUUCUUUAUUCAAUUUUUUUUUUUUUU